ACCUGGCAUAGUGUUCAAUCUUGUGGGAGACACUGUAAAGCAUUCAGAGGGGGGGUGAGAGCUGCACUGUGCUUCUUUGUAGCUGGGAUCCUUCUCUCCCUCCCUUUUUGCAAUUGUUUUUUCUGCAUCUCUCCAUCUCCCACACUUGUCCCCUCUGUGUCCCAGUGCAAACUUCUUACGCAGGAAGAUGAGAGUUUCAAGGGUUCAGAAAACAUCCCUGUUGGUGAUUGUGGGCAUUUUGCUGACAAGCUUAGUAACUAGGUCUGGAAAAUAAUACAAUAAAGAACUGGAAAAAGAACAUGCAGGACAAACUAGUGAACCUAUAAGGCUUUCGGCAGAAAGAGAAUCACAGCAAGAGCCAAGAAAGAGUCAGGUGGCAUUAGGAUACCCAAGGCUUAUCCAUCCACCACCAAGUGGAACACCUAUGCUCAAUCAGAUUUCUAAUGAUACAUCCCUAACUUCUACCUGGAACCCACAGUUACAGAACCCACUUUAUCCAUUAGGUGAAAGUUCGAUUAGUGCAUAUGGUGUGUUGUUGCUAUCUUUGGUGGUUUUUGCUGCUGGCAUCAUUGGCAACCUAUCAGUAAUGUGCAUUGUGUGGCAUAGCUUAUAUUUGAAAAGUGCCUGGGACUCUAUAUUGGCCGGUCUUGCACUCUGGGAUUUUAUGCUACUCUUCUUCUGUUUGCCAGUAGUGGUUUUCCAUGAGGUGUCCUGUCUGGUUGUGCCAUAUAUGGAGGUUACCUCUCUUGGGGUUUCAACAUUCUCAUUAUGUGCUUUGGGCAUUGAUCGAUUCCAGUCAAUCACCUCACUUCAGAUGUCACCACGACCAGUAGAACAAUGCCAGUCUAUUCUGGGCAAACUAGCUGUCAUCUGGUUGGGGUCACUGAUACUUGCGCUUCCAGAGAUACUGCUAUGGCAGUUCACACAAGAGCAGGCCCCAGGGUCUAGCAUGGUUAUUGAUACAUGUAUUAUGAUUCCUGCCCCCAAUCUACCACCAGUUUUGCAUUCUCUCGUUCUUACCUACCAGCAUGCCCGCAUGUGGUGGUUCUUGGGAUGCUACUUUUGUCUUCCCCUUCUGUUCACCAUUACUUCUCUGUUGGUAACACUUCGUAUUGUUGGAACAACAAAGGACAUCACGUAUGGACAGUGCCAACGACAGCUCAGAUGGAUAGUUGCAAGCCUGGCUACAGUAUAUGGUGUCUGUACUCUUCCUGAAAAUGUCACUAAUGUCAUAAUCAAUUAUACAAGCUUGGAUGUUUCAAGGGAUCUACUGUUACUUAUCACUCAGUUCUUCUUAUUCUUGAAGUGUGCAGUGACACCAGUCCUGCUCCUGUGUCUUUCCAAACACCUAGGGCAGACCUUCCUGGAUUGUUGCUGCUGUUGCUGUGAAGAGGCAAUUAGGUCAGACUCAAAACAACACUCUGCAUCAGAGAGGAAGGAACAUGCAGAGGAGCCCCCAACUAUUCCAUACAAUACAAGGGAGUCAGAGCUUCACCUGGGAACACCGUGUUAAGAGGAGGGAUGAGAAAUGUAUGUGUAAAUAGAGCAUAUAUGUAUAUGGUCUAGUGAAAGAACCCUACCCUACAAUAUGACAGAUGCAGGAUACAGCAUUGCAGAGAAAACGAAAGGAAGCAUGCAUUAAACAGUUAUAAAGUAAAAUAUGUAGUUAUGGUAAUUUGAGCAUUAAAUAAAUGAAUUAAUUUGAGAGCAUAUGCAACAUAUUGCACAGGAAUGAGAUGCUCAGUCUGGUGUAUUAUUAAAGAAACAUUUUCUUACAUAAGAUUUUUAUUUUAUAUUUUAGCCUUUGACAAUAAACAAUAAUUUCUUGUCAUUUCGAUCAA